GGCUACGGAGACAGGCGAGGGGUGGGGGGAAGAGUUCAGCCUGAGUCACAGACUUCAUUCACUGAUUCCCGGCGGCUGGACCGAGGCUGCCUGCCGAGGGGGCUCCCAACUACUCUCGCACCUCCACGGUCCCCACCUCCCGCCGUUCCACUCUCAGCCAAACAGACGGACCGGCUGACUCACGACAGCAUCACAAAAGCGCGCGGCAGAGUGAAACCCAGUGCAGCGAAGUGCGGCUCUCUUCUCCCACCUGGUGCACAUCCCCCACGGGCCGGAGGAAUGGAGUGGGAGUCCCCGAGAUUAGGGGCGCAUGUUUACCCCGGGGACACACCUGUUUUCGGCUCGCGUUGAAUUCAAGCAGGGUGCCGGAUCGCGCGAGGGGGUUCCGACACAGACACGCCGGUUGGCAGCUUUGCGCCCGAGGGUGUCGCGAGCCGAGGCGACGAGGGCAGAGCGCCUCUGGCCCAGCCAGCCGGGCGGGAUGCGGCGCGGGCUGCAGCGCUAACCGCCCCCACGCUGGGCACUGGGCGUACGCGCUCCGGGCUGCAGGGGGAGCGGCGGCGGCGGCGGCGGCGGCGGCGGAGGGGAUGCGCCCGGGACGCGCAAGGCUCCUGCCGCGAGCUGCCAACCCGAGGUGGACCCUAAGGGCUCAUCGCAGGACCGCGCGGACCCCUGACCUCCGGGGCACGCGGCUGCGGAGCCUCGGGGCCGCGUCUGCGGUCAGGAUGCCCUGGGCACCUCCCUGCUGGUGAGGAUGCCCUACUGCGCGGCUCCGCAUCCCCAGCCCCGGUCCCUGGUGGGCACGACUGCCUGGGCCCGGCUUCCGCCCCUCCUGCCGGUGGAUGAAAAGCGCCGGAGUCCCUGAGUGCGAUCGGCGAUCGAAUCUGAAUUCUAAGAGCCAUGGAAGGAGGCACUGGGCUGCAGCCCCAGGCGGGAGAGCAGCUGGAAGCCAGCGCCAGAGUAGGAGCGGUCCAAGAGAAGUGCGAACCCGAGACCUUUAGGUCCAAGAGUUUACCCGCCCUGAACAGCGCCUCCUGCAGGCCAGACCUGAAUCCCGCCGGAGAAGACUCCAAGCCCGCCUCCGGCCAUCAGGAGUUGAAGCCAGGCCCUGGCCCGCGGGCCCCCAGCCCCUCCGCCCCGUCUACUUCGGCAGAGACGGCAGGGCUGGUGGAAAGUCACCACAGGGUGGAAAUCGGCAAACCCAUUUCGGUGUCCUCCACUUUGGCCAUGCUCCAGGGCAGAAGGUGUCUCUAUGUGGUCCUCACCGAUUCCCGGUGUUUCCUGGUUUGCAUGUGCUUUCUGACCUUCAUCCAGGCGUUAAUGGUCUCCGGGUACCUGAGCAGUGUCAUCACCACCAUCGAAAGGCGCUACAGCCUGAAGAGUUCCGAGUCGGGGCUGCUGGUCAGCUGCUUUGACAUCGGGAGCUUGGUGGUGGUAGUGUUCGUCAGCUACUUUGGUGGCCGGGGGCGGCGGCCCCUGUGGCUGGCCGUGGGGGGACUCCUCAUCGCCCUGGGGGCCGCCCUCUUCGCUUUACCUCACUUCAUCUCGCCCCCCUACCAGAUCCAAGAGCUGAACGCCUCGGCGUCCAACUACGGCCUGUGUCAGAAUGGCAACUCCUCGGCCACGGCGGAGCCUCCCACCUGCCUCAAGGACUCGGGGGGGAACAGUCACUGGGUCUACGUGGCUUUAUUCGUUUGCGCGCAGAUUCUCAUUGGAAUGGGCUCCACACCUAUUUAUACCCUGGGACCAACCUACUUAGACGACAAUGUCAAGAAAGAAAACGCAUCCUUGUACCUAGCCAUCAUGUAUGUCAUGGGAGCACUUGGUCCUGCAGUGGGAUAUUUGUUAGGUGGACUUCUUAUUGGUUUUUACGUUGAUCCCAGAAGUCCCGUUCACCUUAAUCAGGAUGAUCCUCGUUUCAUUGGAAACUGGUGGAGUGGAUUCCUCCUUUGUGCCAUUGCAAUGUUUCUUGUGAUAUUCCCAAUGUUUACUUUUCCAAAAAAGCUUCCUCCUCGACACAAGAAAAAGAGAAAGAAAAAAUACUCUCCUGAUGUUGCUGGUGACGAUGACGUUAUGAAGGAGAAACCAAACAAUUGUGAAGAAGUGGACAAAAAAGUUUCUUCUAUAGGAUUUGGAAAGGAUGUCAGAGACCUACCAAGAGCAGCUGUCAGGAUCUUAAGCAACAUGACAUUCCUUUUUGUGAGUUUGUCAUACACAGCUGAGAGUGCCAUUGUAACUGCUUUCAUUACCUUCAUUCCCAAGUUCAUCGAGUCACAGUUUGGUAUUCCAGCUUCCAAUGCCAGCAUCUACACUGGCGUCAUCAUUGUCCCCAGUGCCGGUGUUGGGAUUGUCCUUGGAGGCUACAUCAUAAAAAAAUUGAAACUUGGUGCAAGAGAAUCUGCAAAACUAGCGAUGAUCUGCAGUGGUGUGUCUUUACUGUGCUUUUCAACCCUGUUUAUUGUUGGAUGUGAAAGUAUCAAUCUAGGUGGCAUAAACAUCCCGUAUACAACAGGACCUUCUCUGACCAUGCCUCACAGGAAUCUGACAGGAAGCUGCAAUGUGAAUUGUGGUUGUAAAAUACACGAGUAUGAGCCAGUCUGUGGAUCGGAUGGAAUUACAUACUUUAACCCUUGUCUGGCUGGCUGUGUUAAUAGUGGUAACAUGAGCACUGGGAUACGGAACUACACAGAGUGCACCUGCGUCCAAAGCCGCCAAGUGAUCACGCCCCCCACAGUGGGGCAGCGCAGCCAGCUCCGCGUGGUCAUCGUCAAGACGUAUCUCAAUGAGAACGGCUAUGCUGUGUCUGGGAAGUGUAAACGGAGCUGUAACACCCUCAUCCCGUUCUUAGUUUUCCUGUUCAUAGUGACCUUCAUCACAGCAUGUGCCCAGCCGUCAGCCAUCAUAGUCACUCUCAGGUCCGUAGAAGAUGAAGAGAGACCUUUUGCCCUGGGAAUGCAGUUUGUUUUAUUGCGAACACUUGCGUACAUUCCUACUCCGAUCUACUUCGGAGCCGUCAUUGACACCAGCUGCAUGCUCUGGCAGCAGGAGUGCGGCGUGCAGGGCUCUUGCUGGGAGUACAAUGUCACAUCAUUUCGUUUUGUCUAUUUUGGUUUGGCAGCCGGCCUCAAAUUUGUUGGCUUCAUUUUUAUUUUUUUGGCCUGGUACUCCAUUAAAUACAAGGAGGAAGGACUGCAGAGGCAGAGGUGGAGAGAAUUCCCUCUGAGCACCGUGAGUGAGACGGUGGGCCACACCGACAGUGCCGAUAAGUCUGUCCGGACUAGAUCUUGCCCGGCUUUCAGCACCCAGGGAGAACUCCACGAAGAGACUGGUCCGCAAAAAGGGAUCCAGUACACAGCACAGACCUAUCCGGGGCCCUUCCUGGAAGCAAUAAGUUCCUCCCCAGACCCGGGCCUGGAAGGAAGCCCUGAUGCCAUGUAGCCUCCCUUCUGAAGCUUGAAAACGGAAGACUUUUGUGGGUUGAGUUGAAUAUGGCGACUUGAGAAACACCCGUGCCUUCUUUUCUUUCUUUCUUUUUUUAACCUCUAAAGACGCAAUCCUGAAACCAACAAAACUCAGUAUACACAGCCACUGUUGAUUGAGGGCUGGAUACCUCAACAAGACUGAGCCUUUCCCCCCUUCUCUCCAAGAAGGAGGAGUUUAGAUAGAUUUGUUACCAUUUCUGAGAUGUUAAUUUUGAUGCUUAUGCUCCAAUAUAAGGCUGGGUGCGUGAUUAACAAAGUCAUGGGAAGUGCGAUGGCGGUGCAUGUCAUCAACGUGCACUCUGACCAAGGGUGAGCUUGACCAUGAUUUUGCAUUUACAAAGCAGAGUUUUUAGAUAUGAACACCUACUGUGAGUCCUGCUACAAAGCACAAAUGAAUUUGCCUCAACUAUGCAAUUUGAUUGGGAAACUGUAAGUGCAGCAUGUUACUUUUGGUGUCAGAGACUAAAGCAGAUACGGUUCUGAAAUUAGGAAGCUAAACUUUCCUUAAAGUACUGUUAAUAGCAUUUUAAGCCAUAGCAGAGCUAAAAAUCAGGUAGAACUUUUCAAAUGCUUCAAAGGAACCAUAAGCGUAGCGUGAAAAAGGGAACAGCUACUUCGUUUCAUAAGACACAUUCUCUUUUAGUCUAUCUGCCCCACCGUAAAGGAGUUAAAGAAGCUGCUGAAUCAUGAACCUGAGAGCUUGAAUAUCAACUUCAGGGUUCUUUCAUAAGGGGCUUUAACACUCGUGUGCUAAACAAUAUGGCUAGAAACUGUCAUUUGAGAUGCAUAAUAAGGAAAGAAACUGAUGGCUUUCUCAUCCAAAGAAAAUUGCUGCAGAAAUUCUUUUAGUUUUUUUUUUUAAUAUAAAUUUAUUUAUUUAUUUUUGGCUGUGUUGGGUCUUUGUCGCUGCAUGCGGGCUCUCUCUAGUUGGCAACGAGUGGGGGCUACUCUUCAUUGCGGUGCGCGGGCUUCUCAUUGUGGUGGCUUCUCUUGUUGCGGAGCAUGGGCUCUAGGCGCACGGGCUUCGGUAGUUGCAGCGCACAGGCUCAGUAGUUGUGGCUUGCGGGCUCUAGAGCGCAGGCUCAGUUGUUGCGGCGCAUGGGCUUAGUUGCUCCGUGGCAUGUGGGAUCUUCCCAGACCAGGGCUCGAACCCGUGUCCCCUGCAUUGGCAGGCAGAUUCUUAGCCACUGCGCCACCAGGGAAGCCCUCUUUUAGCUUUUAAGGGCCCACAUAAGGGUUGUUGAGGAUUGUAACCUUGACACUCAAAAUAGUUGGAAAAAGAAAUCCCACAGAAGUAAGAUUGAGUCUCACCUGACCAUUUUAGUUAUAUACCUGGAAGCACUAGCCCAUGUGUAGCUUUCUUUUUUAUGUGCAGAAAAUUGCUGCAGUCACUCUGAAAUGGAGUCAUUUAAUCAGGAAGAUCACCUUGAACACAGGAGGAGGGAGAUCUGUGAGCUGGAUUUAGGUUAUGAUCCCACGUAAUGGUUAAAAAUUAUGUAAAAUAAACUGGUCUGUCAUACUGAAUCCUACCUUAUCUGAAUCAUUUUAUAGCUCCAUUUAAUUCCUUUCUACUGUAACCUUCCUGCAGUGACUCUGAGAGAGGAUUUUUCUGUUCCUAAAUGCACUUGGGGUUCAACAUCCAUCAUCCUUUUCAGUAUCUCCCAGCACAUCACUUUGAUGUAGAUGCCACACAGAAUGUGUUCUAUGUGGUCCUUAAGGUAGAUGCCUCCUGACGGCACUGUGGACUGAUGGCAAGUUAACUCAUGGAAUCUGGCUGCUCAGAAAAAGAAUCAUGAGAACUCAGACUUAGGAGGGACUUUAAUGUACAAAUAUCCAUAUGAUUGUGGACGGUUUCUGCCAAUGAGCCUAUGCUUCUAUAAGGCUAAUUUGGGAAAUGGUUUCCUUGGCUGAUUUAUAGUCUUCCACAGAAGGGAUGAGACUGACCCAUGAUUCUGGCUUUUUGCCAUCCAUCCAUGGCUGCAUAGGUGGAGUUGUGUGAAUAUUCCUGGGUUCAAGGUUGUUUUCUUCUCUACCUAGGAAUGUCAUUGGUCAAAUGGCUCUCUUGGUUGCAUGCAGUUUAUGGAGAGGGUUCUCAUCGUUAGACUAAAUAAUGUCUACAAGGGGUGGAGUCAGUGGUCCCAGGUGACAAGGACUUCCCUUGGGGCAGACGUGUUUGGCUAAGUCAUAAGAAGCAUCGUUGCCUGUAAUUACACUGUGUCUGUCAAACUUUCGUCAGCUUGGUGUAGUUUGAAGGUCUUCAGAGAAUUUUGCUGAUUAUCUUCAUGUCUACUCUGGGGGCUUAGUGAUCCCCUUUACCCUUUGUGGGAGAUCUUUAAUCCUUUAGAAGAGAAAGUUUCCUUUUGUGUUGGAGCUAAAGAUAUGUAGGUUGGGAAGAGGUAUUUUCUUAAUUUUCCUCUGAUGGUUAAGAAACUGCACUGAGAGAAUUUUAGUGGGAUUGGCACUUUUUUUUUUUUUUUUUUUGUAGCUAAGAUUGUGUGUUCCAACACUCUUAGAAUUUAUCUCUUCUUAGUAGCACAUUUUGAAAAGGAGCUGCUCUUAGAAAUCUACGAUCUGAAAUGACGGACUCACCAAGUAUAAUUAGAGACCCCCUCCCCUUCUCUACCAUGAACAGUCAUCCAGUUAAGCCAUCACUGACUGAGCACCAUUUCCCUAUCAGGCACUAUUUUACCUAAUUACCAUCUGCCAAUCUAUGAAAUCCUUUGGGUUGAUUAGGCCAUAAUUCAAAGAAAUUGGCCUGAACUGUACACCACAAUGUUAAUAUUGUACUUCCUCAAGUAUCUGGUACUUAUAAAUAGCAGGUAUAUCAUUAUUGUGUUGUUGGUGAAUGUAGAGUAAGUAGUAAAAAUCUUGGGGGACUGACGUUUUGGAAUAUGUACCAAAUAAGAGUUGUCCCCAAAAUGCUUUGGGUUCUGGUGGCAUCAUUGGACUAUUACAUAGUCAACUGAAGUGACUACUUGAUAGAUGACACCAUUUAAUUGUAUAUACAUAUGAGGUCCUUAUAUGCUUGAUAAUAAAUUGGUUGUGUUACUUUAGAGUCACCACUCCUGUUAAAAGUUUAAUUGCCACUCUCCAUUAGCUUAGGCUUCUAAUUACUUAUUUUUUGGAAAGGUCACCUUCUUCUUUUAAAAACUCUAUAGAUUAAUGUAUUAUUUGACUUUAAUAUGCAAAUAUAAUAUCCUUGAGUCUAGCCUAUUAAUUUAGAAACCCCAGGGGGUGGAGUGGCAGUUAGUACACAUUAUUUUGGUUAUCUUCUGUAGCUUGAAAUCCAUAUCCUUUGUAGGUGGAUGUAACUCUUGAAAACAGUCAAAAGUCAUUCAGAACUAGGGUAGGGGAAAGAAAGGAGCAGCAGAGAGGAAACAAAUCAGCAUUUGUUGAAUGUUGACUAUUGGCAGAGCAUUUUGUCAAGCACUUAAUAUACAUCAUGCAUUUAAAUCCUCUUAAUAACUUUGUAAGAUAACUAUUUUUAUUGUUUUUCCUUUUUUUAAACAGAUCAUGAAAACUGAGGCUCAGAGAGUUAACGUGAUUCGUUUAGGAUUGUACAUAGUGGCCAAGUCAGGGUUCAGACACAUGUUUCUCUAUUGUGCACUUCUUACACUACAUAAUGCUGUACAGUAGUUUUGGUUAACAUAGGUAAGAUGUGACUAUAAGAUAGUGAGGUGAAGCAUUUCAUUUUUUGAUGUGUUACUGUUUCUGAAGAG